AUAACCGGUGAGACCAUCGGCGAAGUGAAAGCCGUCGCUGAUAUGCAUCAACGGAAAGCCGAAAUGGCUCGUCAAGCCAACGCCUUCAUUGCCCUUCCUGGUGGGUAUGGUACGUUGGAAGAAUUGCUGGAAGUCAUUACAUGGGCUCAACUCGGAAUCCACCGUAAGCCGGUGGGUCUUCUUAACGUGGAUGGUUACUACAACUCGCUGUUAACAUUUAUCGACAAGGCCGUGGAUGAAGGGUUUAUAUCCCCAAUGGCUCGUAGAAUCAUCGUUUCUGCCCCAAACGCCAAAGAUUUGGUUCGACAACUCGAGGAAUAUGAACCGGAGUUCGAUGAGAUAACAUCGAAAUUGGUUUGGGAUGAAGUGGACCGGCUGAGUUAUGUACCGGGUUCGGAGGUUGCUACGUGA